UGUGCAGUACCAAGCGCGACCUAUAGAGGUCAGUGAGUUGAUGGCGCCACAUCCUCCCACCCAAUAACCAAACCCCUCCUUUGUGUCUUUGGCGCCGUUCCUAUAUAAGAGCAGCACAGGAGCGUCUCGGGAUUAUUUCCUAAUUUUAACAAGUCCUUGUUGUGGUCCGCCUUGGUUCUGACUGAACUUUUUUUUCCCCCCACCUUCCAAAAUGGACAUGAAGAAGAGACUCACCUUGGAGCUGAGGAACCGGAAAGCAGCUGAGGUUAAGGAAAUGGUUUUGGAUAACUGCCGUUCCGAUGAUGGCAAGAUUAUUGGGCUCACAGCAGAGUUUGUUAACCUGGAGUUCUUGAGCAUGAUAAACACAAACCUGUUGUCAGUAGCUAAUCUUCCGAAACUGGAGAAAUUAAGGAAGUUGGAGCUUAGUGAUAACAGAAUUUCAGGUGGUCUAGAAGUACUUGCAGAGCGGACACCGAAUCUAACACAUUUAAAUCUCAGUGGAAACAAGAUUAAGGACAUAAACACUCUGGAACCACUGAAAAAACUAAGUCACCUCAUGAGUUUAGACUUGUUCAACUGUGAAGUUACAAUGCUGAAUAACUACAGGGAGAGUGUAUUUGCAUUGCUGCCCCAAUUAACUUAUCUUGAUGGCUUUAAUGCUGAUGACCAAGAAGCACCUGAUUCAGACCCAGAGCCUGAUGGUGAGGAUGCUGAUGAGAAUGGGGAAGAUGGGGAGGAUGAUGAGGACGAGGAGGAACUUGAUGAAGAUGAGCUGGAUGAGGAAGAUGAAGAUGGAGUUGAUGAGGAGGAUGUGGAAGAGGAGGAGGAGGGAGAAGAGGAAGAAGAGGAUGAUGAGGAUACACCCCAGGGAGAGAAGCGAAAAAGGGAUUUGGAAGAUGAAGGUGACGAAGAAGAUUUUGACGAUGAGGAAGAUGAUGAAUAAGACUUAAAGGCUACUGGAUUUUUUCUAAUUUUUUUUUUUUUUUUUUUUUUUUUAAUGGACUGUCUGGGCUGGCCACCAGUGCAUGUUGCAGUGUCUGCUGAUGGGUCACUGUAUACUGCUGUUGGCCACCCUGUUCAAAUUUUUUUUUCCUAUUUUUGUGUGUAGGGCUGAGAGAUGACUUAUUCUGGUCUGAAUGAAAUUGUGUGCCGCUUUAUUUAAACAGAUGGCCGCCUGAGCUAUUUGCGGAGUCAGAUCAUAGAAUGUCCCAAUUCCCUGUUUGUUGUGUUUUUUUAUUUUUUAUUCCCUCCCACCUUCCCCUGGAAUUUUCUGUGAAAGUUCUGUGGUUUCUCUGAUCUGUGAAUGGUGCACGGGUGUUAAAGAAAAAAAUCUGAGGAUGAUUCCAAAGACAGUCUCCCUCUAUCCUGCAUUCUUGUGUUCAAUCAUGCCUUAAUGUGUCCUGCUUUGUUUCUACUGAGUCAUGUAUAUGAUUAACUAACAUUUGCGUAUUUUUGGCAAUAAGAUAUAACAAUGACCUUGUACAAAUUUAAGUUUUCAACAAUUUGAUUUCCUUACAACCUCAAGCUGCUGGGGCAUUUAAAGUACAUCCCAGAGCACACUAGCAUUGUGUGUAUAUACAAUGAAUUUUAGUGAUGUGAUCACUACAUAAAAACAUGCUAAUGGUUGCAAACUAUUACUUUAGAUUUUGUCCUAGUCUUGGCACUAUCAAAUUGAAGUUCUUUGAACUUCUAGAAGGUUGCCUUGCUCUUCUAAAAUCUUGCCUGCUAAAUUGUUUUGACUUGGAUACAUCUGAGCAUCAUCUUUGCUACUAGAAGUGUUUAUAUAUCAAUUUCUGGAACUUGUUGUGCUUUCCAAUCCUUAGUAACAUUCCCUACCUCUGAAUUUGUGGUGGCACUGCCAAGCUGUGUAGAUGACGAAUGGCUCAUAGGUUUAUUUUAUCCCAAUCUGUCUUGGUUUGCAACUUGCAGCCUUUUCAAGCUGUAAAGUUACAAAAGUGUCAUGCUGCUACUUGGUCCCACUCCCUUGUGUGGUAGCAUGAUGGUCCAACAUUGCAGUCUUGCCAUUAUCUUCCAAAUGCUACAUUUAAGCAUGGAUUUCCUCUUGCUUAAGGAGAUUUUGGCCAAUUUGGUUUGAGAAAAUCACUUUAAGCUACAAAUUUAUAUAAAAAAAUUCUGACCUAUUUAACACCCAUGUUUUUGUAUUUAGUUGUUACAGAAAGCCUUUUUAAUAAAAAAUAUUUGGGGUUUUUAACACUUUGCUUUAUUUAUUUUUCAUUUUUAUAAGCAUCUCUGGCAUGUUAAAAUUAACCCAUUAUGCUGCCCAAACACACAGGCACCGUGAAAUUGAUACAGGGACCUGGAACACUGACUCAUUUUGGAAUGUUUGUUACUGAUUUGGGCUGCAUUAAACAGGUAACGGGUUCCCUUUAGGCUGGGAAGAAACUAAAAAGCCCAGUGUAAUUUUGGCUGGUUCUCCAGACAUGAUCUUAUUGUGUUAACACACUUACUUUCCUUGUAGUAGUAAUGGGGUAUUGCAGUUAUAUGCCCCAUACACAUUCUGUUAAUGUUGGAAACCUCAUACAUUGCUUGCCACUGUUGGCUAUAAUCUCACUACAGAAGGCUACUAAAGGAAAGAUAUUUUAUAAAUCUUCAUAACUUUUUUUUUUUUCUCAUUUUAGUUAGUGAUGAAAUGGUCCCUUUUUCUCCAAAGUACAAAUAUAUGAAUGGACAGUUCAAGGAUUUUUAUAACUAGGCCAGUAACAUGGCAUUCUAAGUAUAGAGAAGGUUUUACCAUCUUCAGGCAGGUAUUACUAAAGAACAAUGGGGGAGAUUUAUCAAAACCUGUCCAGAGGAAAAGUUGCCCAUAGACACCAAUCGGCUCACUUUCAUUUUUUAACAAGGCCUCUGCAAAAUGAGAGAAUCAAUCUGAUUGGUUGUUAUGGGCAACUUUUCCUCUGGACGGGUUUUGAUAAAUCUCCCCCAAUGUGACUGGGACUUUGUGUAUAUACAAUUACAAACUAGGGGUACUAGAUUCAUGGGAUAGAACACAAAUCUAAGCAUUUAUUCCAUUAAUGUAUAUCCUGUAAUCUAAUGGUUGGUGGAUAGUGGCUUUGACUACAUUUUUGCUGCCUAAAUUCACAACUGUGGGCAUAACUGUUAAAAUAAGCCAGUAUGCAGUAACCGCAGCUUCAACAUCCAAAAAAACUGUUAGCAAAAAGACAGAAUUUGGUCACCUAUCUUUGUACAAGGUAAAAAAUCUGUACAGUAUCUUGGCAUGUCCACUGCUGUUUUAAAUCUGUUUUACAGUCACAAUCUCCUUCUACGGUGGCAGUAACAAAUGUUUUGCUGUCAAAAGGAAUUGGUCAUAGCAGGUGAAAUCAUGUUUGGAGAAUCUCCCAUUUAAUACAAACAAGGCUUCUUAUGAUGUUGCCGUAAAAUACACUAACUUUAAGGGUCUAUUCACACAUACAGGAUGACACUUAAUGAUUUUGCUGUCCCGGAGCUAGGCCGAGAGCAGCUGCAAUGCAUUAACAAGCAGACACAUCAGUGUACUUGGUUUACAUUGGCUUCAUUAGCAUCAAAUUUAAUAGUUGAAUCACUUCAACAUGCAGCGAUACCAAAUGUUUUUUGUUUCCAUUUUAAUAGAAAAAAAUGGGCAGAGGGGUUGAUUUAAUACUUUCCUCAUAACCGGCAGCUGUCUGCCGCUAUCAGCAGCGGACAUCUGCCGUGAUAAAUAGCAAUACAGCAUUCCAGAAAAAAUUGAAUAAAGUGAUCAAAAAGCCAGAACUGUGCAAAAGUGGUACUACUAAAAACUAAAGCUUUUGCACAAAAAUAAAACUGAGGGUUUGUUCACACAGUGGGAUUUCUGCAAUUGCUCAGUCUGUUCAGCAAAGCAUGAACUCAAAGCAAAGAAUUUCAGUGGAAUUUAUGUUCUUAGAACACAACUCUGCUGAAAUUCAUUCAAUGUUGGCUUCGAUGGGAUUUUGUGGGGAAUUCCACAAAAUAAAGACUGUUCUUAUAAUUUUGCAGAAUGCCCACUGGAAAUUCUGUCUGAAUGGGACUGUGGAAUCUCAUUGAAAGCAAUGGGUGGUAAAGUCAAGUGGAAUUCUGCAUAUAAACAUACCCGAACACAGCCCUGUAGGUG